AUGGGUACGGAAGGCGCAGAGGUAACUCAGAACCUACUACGCCUUUCGACUAUUGUGCACGACCUCUGGGGCUCGGCACGCCUUGCCUUUGAACCCAUCGGCAUGACUGAGGACAAGAAAUCCCUUGCAAUGAGGUUCUGGUGGCUGCCUCGUCGAGAGUACUACCCACAGGUGUCCAUGGUGGUUCCUCCGUCCCUCCCAUCCGACCUGAAGGCAAGUUCUAGCAAUGCCAAGUUGUGGAACUGCGAUACGGACGAACCCAUCUACUCUGGCCAAAUCAUGACAAUAAGGGCCUCGGAUCCGGGGACGAUGCCCCUCCCGUACUUUGAACUACUGCAAAUGCAGUGGUUCUUGAAUCAGGUGGCUGCUAUUAGUGGCGCGGCAGAUGUUACGGAUGAGGAACUCGAGGACUAUUUUGGACACAGUUACGGCUUUGGAGACCCCUUUUCUGAUAGCGAAGAGGAAACCUCUGAUGAUGAUUCCACUCUCUUUGAUAAUUAA